AUGUGGAAAGUUGCUCAGGAGUGUGUUCAUGAAAAUCAGGACAAAUACAUUUAUUUACUGCCAAUCAGUAUAUUCUCAAUCAUCAGUAAAAUGAUGGAAGCAGUCACUGACAGUGCUAUCGAGCAGCACUUAGUGACCAAUAACCUGCUCACCAAUACACAGAUCUGGGUUUCACAAGGACCACUUGGCUUCAGACUUUAUCCAGAUAUGGACCAAAGAACUGAAUUCCAAGGUGAGGACUCCAGGCAGACCACGGAACACUUCAGGACCUAUGUGGAGAACCACACCAAACACUCGGAUGACCUGAGCCGAAAGCAAAUCCGAAUCUACCAGCUCUACAGUAGGACCAGCGGCAAGCACGUUCAGGUGCUCGGCAAGAAGGUCAAUGCCAACGGGGAGGAUGGUGGAAAAUACGCUCUUCUCGUGGUGGAGACAGACACCUUCGGCAGCCACGUGAGGAUCAAGGGAAAAGAGACGGGCCAUUAUAUCUGUAUGAGCAAACGAGGGAAGAUUCUCGGCAAGAUCAACGGGAGGAAUCGGGAAUGUGUGUUCAUCGAGGAGGUACUGGAGAAUAACUACACGGCCCUGAUGUCCGCCAAGUACAAGGGUUGGUACCUGGGAUUCACCAGGAAAGGGCGGCCCAGGAAGGGAUCAAAGACAGAGCAGAACCAGAGGGAGGUGCAUUUCAUGAAAAGGCUGCCCAAGGACAAAGAGGACCAUCACAAACCUUUCAAAUACACCACAGUGACUAAAAGGAUUAGGCGAACUCGUCACCAGAGGCCGGCUAGGACCUGA